GGGAGGAUCAAGGACCGAGAAUGGUCGGUAGUGGAAAGACAGAGGAAGAAGAAGAGAUUAUGAUACCGAAAACAUGAAGAGGGCUACGGGACAAUAAUCCAACACACCUCCAGGCUGUGUGAGGGGUUAUUUGACCAAGAAGGAGAGUGAUGGAGUGCUGCAUCAGAUGACCUGGCCUUCACUAUCACCCGAUCUCAACCCAAUUGAGAUGGUUUUUGGAUGAGAUGGACCAGAGAGUGAAGGAAAAGCAGCCAACAAGUGCUCAGCAUAUGUGGGAACUCCUUCAAGAUUGUUGGAACAGCAUUCCAGGUCCUCCUCCUCCUCAGUGUUUGUGGUGGUGAGGGAGGAGAAUGUGACGAUACCAGAUGAACUCUCAGAGGACGAGAGUCCCGGUAACAGACAGGGCUGUGUCCCGCACCGCAGACAGGGAAUGACGCCUUUGGCAGCUGGCUUAGCUCUGCAGGCAGUUUCCUCACCAGAUCUUUCUACUGGUGAAACUGGUGGACUUAGGAGCCGGUAUGGCUGCUCACAGGGGCUUUUGAACCCAGAUCUGAACACAGCAGAACUGCAUCAGAAGGCACAACCCCUUUUUUUAAAUUAAAUGUUUUAUACUUUUACCUUAAUUUAACUAGACAAUCAGUUAAGAACAAAUUCUUAUUUACAAUGAUGGCCUACCAAAAGGCCUCCUACGGGGACAAGACACAUCAGGACAAGAGACACCACACCACUACAUAAUGGGAGACCUAACAACAUAGCAAGGCAGAAACACAUGGCAACACAACAUGGCAGAAACACAUGACAACACAACAUGGUAGCAACACAACAUGGCAGAAACACAUGACAACACAACAUGGUAGCAACACAACAUGGCAGAAACACAUGACAACACAACAUGGCAGAAACACAUGACAACACGGUAGCAACACAACAUGGCAGAAACACAUGACAACACGGUAGCAACACAACAUGGCAGAAACACAACAUGGCAGAAACACAACAACAACAUAGCAUGGCAGAAACACAACAUGGUAGCAACACAACAUGGCAGCAACACAACAACAACAUCGCAUGGCAGAAACACAACAUGGUAGCAACACAACAUGGCAGCAGCACAACAUGGCAGCAGCACAACAUGGCAGCAGCACAACAUGGCAGCAGCACAACAUGGCAGCAGCACAACAUGGCAGCAACACAACAUGGCAGCAGCACAACAUGGUAGCAACACAACAUGGCAGCAACACAACAUGGCAGGCAGCAACACAACAUGGCAGCAACACAACAUGGCAGCAACACAACAUGGUAGCAACACAUGGUACAAACAUUAUUGGGCACAGACAACAGUACAAAGGGCAAGAAGGUAGAGACAACAAUACAUCACCCAAAGCAGCCACAACUGUCAGUAAGAGUGUCCAUGAUUGACUCUUUGAAUGAAGAGAUGGGAGGUGGGUUAUUUUGUUGCAGCUCGUUCCAGUCGUCAGCUGCAGCGAACUGAAAAGAGGAGAGACCCAGGGAUGUGUGUGUUUUGGGGACCUUUAAUGUCCAGUGCAGUUUCCUGAGAAUUAUAAUGUCUUUAGUGAGAGAGCUGUUUGCAAAGACCACCUGAAAUGUCUGCCUAUUUUUGGUAGGAUGGUGACAUCACCAAGCGGUAAAUUAGUUAAUAGACCAAUAAGAAAGUUCCAAACUUCUCUGCCAAUAACAGCUAGUCUUCAGUUCUCCCCUCUCCACUCAGACCACUCCCAGACAGUCCUAGUAAAAAUUCUUGCUCUUUGCUACUAAGAAGCUAUUAUUUAUUUUUUACCAUUUUAAUUUAAAGAAGUCACCAUAAGGUAUGUAAAUGUUUCCCAGAAAUGAUUUGAUAUUGAGCUGAAAACUGCUGGAUCUUUUAAUCUCCUACAGUUGAAACUGUGGUUGUAAAACUGCCUUCAAUAUGUUCCUAAGUCUAGUCUGUUUCUUGAAAUAAAUAAAUGAAUGUAUUCCCCACUAUAUCUUUAUUCAUCCAAACCAAUUCAAUGUAAACAAACCACAACCGUUAAAUUAAAACUCACGUGAAUAGACUGGACAAAUCACAACCGUUAAAUUAAAACUCACGUGAAUAGACGGGACAAAUCACAACCGUUAAAUUAAAACUCACGUGAAUAGACGGGACAAACCACAACCGUUAAAUUAAAACUCACGUGAAUAGACGGGACAAAUCACAACCGUUAAAUUAAAACUCACGUGAAUAGACGGGACAAACCACAACCGUUAAAUUAAAACUCACGUGAAUAGACGGGACAAACCACAACCGUUAAAUUAAAACUCACGUGAAUAGACGGGACAAAUCACAACCGUUAAAUUAAAACUCACGUGAAUAGACGGGACAAACCACAACCGUUAAAUUAAAACUCACGUGAAUAGACGGGACAAAUCACAACCGUUAAAUUAAAACUCACGUGAAUAGACGGGACAAAUCACAACCGUUAAAUUAAAACUCACGUGAAUAGACGGGACAAAUCACAAAACAUUUUUACUUAAUUAAAAUACUCAAACUCAUUUUCCUGGGAGUAUAGUAGAAUUAGUAAUAUUAUAGUAGAAUUAGUAAUUAUUAAUAGUAUAGUAGAAUUAGUCAUUAAUAGUAUAGUAGAAUUAGUAAUAAUUAAUAUAGUAGAAUUAGUAAUAAUUAAUAUUAUAGUAGAAUUAGUCAUUAGUAAUAUUAUAGUAUAAUUAGUAAUAUUAUAGUAGAAUUAGUCAUUAGUAAUAUUAUAGUAGAAUUAGUAAUUAAUAUUAUAGUAGAAUUAGCCAUUAUUAAUAUUAUAGUAGAAUUAGUCAUUAAUAGUAUAGUAGAAUUAGUAAUUAAUAGUAUAGUAGAAUUAGUAAUAAUUAAUAGUAUAGUAGAAUUAGUCAUUAGUAAUAUUAUAGUAGAAUUAGUCAUUAGUAAUAUUAUAGUAGAAUUAGUAAUUAUUAAUAUAUUAGAAUUGAUUUGGACAACUCAAAAUACUAGAAAAUGACCAAAAACAUACAGGGGUGAGACCUGCAGCUCGUUUUGAGUUGGGGAGAUCAACUCCAUAUACUAUAAAGUUACUUUUUUAAAAAAUCAACUCUAAACUGUGUAGAAAUAAACAUUUACCUUCAUUCAUAUAGUUUCUUGUCGGUCCAGCUGGCUAAUAAAAACUAGACAGUCGGGGAUCUUCAAAAAGUCCUAAAACAAGGUGAGGCAAUAUAACACCUCGAAGACUGAAUGGCCUCCGGGAUAAACAUGAGUUUGACAUCCCUGGUGUCCACAGUACAAUAAACAUGCUUAGUAUAAUGAAGUCCUUUACUGUACCAGGCAGGCAACAUGAUCAUUAUUGCCAGACGUCUAUGAAAACCCCUGCAGAAGACAUAGCUGUCGAAACAUUGGUUGAAUAAAUUGAUUGCAUCAGUCAUUGCACUCGUGUUUUGUUGUUGUUUUGCAACACGAUCAUUAUCCAGACUUCACCAGUAGUUGUCACAAUAUUACAUUUUGGUCUAUUUAUUCAACAAGGUGAAGGUGAAGUCCCCCUCCCCCUCAGGGGGGAAGAGGAGAGGUAUCUGAUCCUAGAUCUGUACCUAGAGGAAACGUCACCCUGUAUCCACACAAUUUCCUGAGUGUAACUUCUAUUCAUAGCGAGUUUGGGUUAGUGGUAUAGUCCUUAGAUGGGUCUAAGUGUUUUUGCAUUGACAGGCCAUCAAACAGAAGCAGGGGUUAGUGGUAUAGUCCUUAGAUGGGUCUAAGUGUUUUUGCAUUGAAAGGCCAUCAAACAGAAGCAGGGGUUAGUGGUAUAGUCCUUAGAUGGGUCUAAGUCGCUCUGGAUAAGAGCGUCUGCUAAAUGACUUAAAUGUAAAUGUAAAUGUAAGUGUUUUUGCAUUGACAGGCCAUCAAACAGAAGCAGGUGUGUAUGUUGUCCCUCACCUGUCUGCGCGCGGGGGCCUUUCCACACCGAUCCCCUGUCCUUACUUCCGCUCGGUCGCGCAGCUCAUCUGACAUCAGGACAAAUGGCGGACCAGGAUGGCAGCGAAACGUCUCCGACAGUACCACAAGUCUCUGACUCGCACCCCAACUUGACCCUCUCCAGUGGGCCUGACUCCUCAACGUCCGGCCAGGCCCUGUCCACCACCCCAACCCUCAGCCCAUCACUGUCCACCACCCCAACCCUCAGCCCAUCACUAUCACCUACACCUACUCACAGCAACAAUGCUGCUAACAAAGCAGAGCCGUUGGUCCUCAAGAUCAACGAGAGACAGAGACUGGCCCGGGAACGUCGAGAGGAAAGGGAGAAACAGAUUGCUGCCAGGGAGGCUGCCUGGCAGGAGAGGGAGGAGAGGGCCAGACAAUACUAUGAGAAACACCUGGAGGAGAGGAGGAGGAAGGUGGAGGAACAGAGGAGGAAGGAGGACAGGAGACGAUCUGCUGUGGAGGAGAAGAGAAGACAGAACCUGGAGGAAGAGAAGGCCCAUCAUGAGGCAGUGAUGCAUCGGACAGUGGAGAGAAGUCAGAGAGCCAAACCCAACCACUGGACUUGGGGCGGGACCAUGACCACACCCACCACACCCGGGGAUGCUGACAGACGGUCUGUGUCGACCAUGAACCUUUCCAAACAUGCAGCUGAUCCAGUUAUAACCAAGAGACUGUCCUACUCCUCUGCCACACUCUUACACUCUCCAGACAGAGACUGUCUGUGUGUGUCCUGUGUUCGUCUCCCUAGUCCUCCUCUCCCAGACUGGUGA